CCAGCAACAGUUCAAAAUUCAAAGAGAAAAAAAGAGUAUUAUAAAGAGAUACGAAGUAGAGAGAAAAAAAAUAUGCAAACAAGAAAAUAAAAGUAAUAUCACUGCUAUGAAGUAUAAACCGUUAAAGACAAUAAGUCAAACGAUUUUUAACACUGGAGUUGAGGUGACGUUUAGAAACAAGUCACACAACUGACGGGUUUUAAUACAGUGUUAUACAAACAAUAAAAUAUACAUACAUGUGUUUAUUAUAAUAAAUAUUAUCAAAAAUAUAUACAAAAGAACAUAAUAAAUAUAUAAAUAAAUUAGAUUUUUUUGGUUAAAUCUAACUACAUAACUAGUCAGUGAAAAAAAAUAUAAAAUACAUGUAAUAUAAGAUGAAAUAAAAUUAAAAAAAAACUCAACCAAAAAAUAGAUAUAUAAUUAAAAUUGCUGAAAAAAAACAAAACUAGUUUGAAGUUUUUAACAAAAAGUGUUCUUUGUGUUAGUGUGUAUCUUUUAAGCGUGUCGAAAAAAAAAAUAAAAUAUUUUUUAUAACAAAUUUUCAAAAUGAAAUUGCAAGGUGCUGUGUCAUCAUGUCUGGGCUUUAUGCUGUUCGCAUUUAUACUAGUUACUGCACCAAAUACCUCUUCAGCAUUAAUAGAAGAUGCCCUAGAUGUGUUUCAUGUUGUCAAAGAAGUCACAAUGGCCGUUUUAAAAGCCUGGGAUAUUGUACAGACUUCAUCGUUAGGCUCAAAAAUUAACUUCCCCCUAAUGCGUGAAAAACAGCGUAAAGUUUUGUCUCGCCUCAAGGAAGUUAGUAAACAAAUCCAACAAACCGAGGAACAGCAUGCCGAACAGGUGGCUUGGGCCCAACAAUCGGUUAAUAAUUUCAUAGAAGGAAAUAUACAAUUGUUGGCUAAACGCAACGAUAUUACCGAUACAAUGAAUCGUAUAACCUCACGUUUCCAGCAAAUGCAACAAUAUGAAUUACAUCAGGAUAAAUUAGAAACGUCGACCUUGUUGACAUUUGCUGAAUGGAGUGUUUCGCCUAAUGCUUAUUCGGUCCAUCAUUUGAUGGAUCGUUUACAUUUAACUAUGUUCGGUUCAGAUGAUAAAGCUAACAAAUCAGGCUCUAAUAUGCUUGAAAUGUUGGCUUUAAGUUAUGAGGCUUCUAAAGAAGAAAGAUGUUUAAAUCAACAAUCAACACAACAAUUCAUUUACUCAUUGUAUACGGAUAUUGCAUUAACGGAACUUAAAGGUUACACAAUGAUGGAAUUCUCAUGGAUGAUGCUGAGAGUGUAUGGCAAGGGAAAUUUCACACAAGAAGCAGAACUUAUGCGUAAUGAUUAUGAAAAACGUACAGAGAAAACUGUGCGCCUGUUACGUGAAGUAAUGCAAAGAGCUGAACGUAUUGUCUGGCGUUGUGAUCCCGAACAAUAUGUUAAGGGUAAAAAUUAUGAAGAAGUAACACGUUUAAUACAGGGUUAUAUUGAAAAUGAAGUAGAUAUGAAUUAUAACCGUGAAUGUUGGAAGACCUGUGAUGAUUAUGAACGUACCAAGAAUGAGGGUUGUUUUAAGGAUAAAUUCUGUGCCCGUCAGGAACGUUGUUCGGGUCAUAUACACAAUUGUCGUUAUGUUGAUUCGGAUAUGACAAUAUGUCCUUCGGCACGAGACAGUGUACGUCGUUAUGAAUUUAUUGAAUAUGAAAAUGGUGUUACUUUGGGCAAGGCCUCCAACUGUCCUCGAGGUAAAACAGCGGUUGAUUCAUGGUGGCGUUAUUUGUUUUGGCAUUGUACUUAUUGUUUCUGUUUGUGUGAUGAUCAAUAUAGCACGAAAACCGAUCGUUAUUUCAAUUUACGUGAAACCCUAUCGAAUAUCAAUGACAACAAGGUUGUUACUGGUUUACGUUUUACUAAGAAAAAUCGUGUAUUCCAUUUGCAAAUACAAGAAGGUGCACUUUUACCUAGAGGCAUGAUCAAUGAGUCUACAUUAGAGUGGAAACCCGUCGAUAACUAUACACUCAAUGAGAAGGGAGUUCAUAAUAAUCGUGAUUAUUAUACUUUAACUUAUGGUGCUCGUUCUAUUGAUUUGGAUGAUAUACAUACAGAGGAUAAUACAUUUGUAGUGACAGGUGUACGUUUUCGAGUAGUUGGGGCCCAUUUGAAUUUGGAGGCAAGAUUAAGUGAAUUUAAUUUUGAAACUGGACAAUUGGUUAAUCCCAAAGAAAAUAGUUUUUGGAAAUCUAAUGAUAACACAGAUGUUAGUGGCGAUAGAAGAGCCAAAAUCGAGCUAAAAGAUCCAGAUGUACCUAUUCGUACUAUUGCCAAAUCUGUACCCGAUUCACGUCACAAUCAAUAUUUGGAAUUUUCUGCCUCUAGUUUUAACAAAGAUGCUUCACAAUCCACAGUGCCCUUUAUAGACAUACAAGAUGUGGUCUCAAAGCCUUCAGUGCCUUUGGCUGGCAUCGGCAUCUAUCAUAAGGGUAGACCUGGUUUUGGUGGCUUUUUGGCUCCCAAACUUAUGACUUAUGAUUUUGCUCCGCAUAUUCAUACACCUCGUAGAACUUAAAAAAUAUACUUUAUUUCUAAGUAUUCUUCAUAAACCUUUAUAAUAUCUCUAUUUAAAUAUUUUCUCGGUAUCUCUUUUUUUUUGUAACUCAUUUAUUUUGUCGUAAAAUAAUUUUUGAAUUUUUUUUUAUUAACGGUCUAGUAGAACGAACAAAAUAAUUGAAACUAUUAUAAUUUUAUUUUAUAUAUAUAUUUUUUUUAUAAAUUAAAAUAUAUAUUCAUUAACUGUAAGCAAUAAGUUUAAAUAAACAUAAAAACAAAAAGCAUAAUUGUGAGUAAUGAAAGCAUUAAAAAAAUGCCAAAUAUAGAAAUUACUUUUAAAAUAUAUUGGAAUUAUCAGAAAUCAAUGUACGUAUACAUUUAAUUAUUCAGCUACAAUUUUGAAUAUUGUAUUUGUAACGAAUGAUUUGUAAUUUCGUAGAAUGUAGUCCCGAUAAAUAAAAAAUCUUAAUAAAUACCAAUAAAAAGUAUUAAAAUCUCUAAAA